AUGACUCUUAUGGUCCACAUUUUUGGUUCAUUGGAGCGGAAUGACUUGUACUGUGUGGGAUUCCAGAAUAGCGCAUUACAUGGUGAAAAGGACGUUGUGCUUAUGGGAGAUCUUGUACUUUCAAACAAAUUUGUUGUCUAUGACUUGGAAAAUCAAGUCAUUGGGUGGACUGACUACAACAGUUCGUCGAGCAUUAAAAUUAAGGACGACAAGACAGGCACAACAUAUGCCGUCAAUUCACAUGACAUCUCCACCGGAUGGAAAUUCCACUAG